AUGGACGCAAGUAUGGAUGCUCCUAAUCCUUCCAUCUCGAAGGCAAAGCUAUACGAAACGUUUGAUGUACUGCCGAACCUGAUUGAUGUACUCAAGGAAGUGUUGUCGACGAGCUCUACUCAAGAGACAAUACGGAUUGGAGACGUGUCAGCUUCGGCAGUAGCAGUGAAACAAAAGUAUAUAGAGGCGAUGGAGUUGCUGCGAUCACUGCCAGGUACAAAUACGUCAUUAGAAGAGCAGGAGACGGCCAUUGCCGAUGCAAAAGUGGAGCUCAAGCGUCUCUCGAGUGUCGUGGAGCUUUACAGUAACACGUUGUAUCGUGGAACAGACGAACCACGAGCAGAGAUCAACGAUGCCUUUUCCCGCAAGAGUCUUCUCAAGUAA